AUGGAUCUCUCGUGGAUACUGGGCCAUGCCCGUGUCUCGUUCCAUCACUCGAAGAACACGAUUUCUCUGGCCUCAAAAUCUGGAAAGACUGCUCUCUCUGAUAUCUGCAAGGCAUCCACCCCUCCCUGCAAAUUGAACCCUCUGCUCUUCAAUGGCCAUUUGCACACAGCCUGGACAGCCGUAAAGGCCGCUGGUCCUCCUAUCGUCUACAAGCGCCAAAUCUUCGAAUCUGAUGACCCGCGUUUUGCUGGAACCUUUGCCGUGGACUUUGUCUCUCACAAGCAAGCACCGGAGGAAGAUCCCACCUUGCCCCCGCGCACAACUUAUUUCACCGAAGAUGAGUUUGCAAACAUUGGCAGUGAUGACACUAAACCCAUGUUGAUCACUCUACAUGGACUCAGUGGUGGCUCGCAUGAGAUCUACCUCAGACAUGUAUUGGAGCCUUUGGUGGAUCAAAGUGAACAAGGCGAUUGGGAGGCCAUUGUCGUCAACAGUCGUGGCUGCGCUAUGAGCAAGAUUACUACCGGUAUCCUGUACAAUGCAAGGGCUACUUGGGACUUGCGACAGACGGUCAAGUGGUGCAGAACGAUGUAUCCCAACCGUCCGCUUUAUGCGAUUGGUUACUCUUUGGGUGCCAACAUUCUUACAAAUUACUUGGGUGAAGAAGGUGAUGCGUGCGAAUUGCAAGCUGCUGUUGUUUGCUCAAACCCCUGGAAGCUCGAAGUUGCGAGUCUUGCUCUGCAGCGUACCUGGCUUGGUCUCAAUGUUUACUCGAAGACCAUGGGAACCAGCAUGAAGAAGUUGUUUGCACAGCACGCAGAUCAAGUGGUCAAGAACGGUAAUAUUGACCCAGAGAGGGUUGCAAAGGUUACAUAUUUGCACGAGUUCGACAGAGAAAUCCAGUGCCCUACUUGGGGUUACCCAACAGAGUACGCAUACUACCGAGACGCAUCUUCGGCAGACUCGGUCACUUCCAUCCGCAUUCCAACCUUCGCCAUCCAUGCUGAAGACGAUCCUAUCGCCGUGGACGAGGCUGUUCCUUACGAGGAGAUUAAGCAGAACCCAUACGUUGUCAUGUGCUCGACUUCGACCGGUGGCCACUUGAGUUGGUUCGAGGUUGGCGGCACAAGAUGGUUUUCCAAGCCGGUAUGA